AUGCGAAAGCUUACAGAAAGAUAUGUUGCGGGAACAUCGAAGGCUAAAUUACAAGUCUUGGUGUUGGAUAUCCUUACGGUAAAGAAAGGGGAGUUCAUUGACGAGAUAGAGCGGCUUGAAGCGGUGUGCAGACAGCAAGAUACAGCGCACUCUCCGCGUCUUGAGACCGGUGACGGUCAGAAUCCAGGUGAUAAGUCUCCUCUAACGGAUCAGGCUAUCAACGAAACCGACGAUAGGACAGAGCCUCCUAUCACCGAAAAUCUUGAAUCCAAUCAACCCGGGGAUUCUGAAUCGGCCAUUACAGAAAAGGAGGUCAUAACUAUCAUCAACGAAUUUGCCAACACCAAUGUUCGACCGUGGAAAAAGAAAGUUAAUAACGUCGUGGUUCAAACAAUUAAGUUGGCCGAAACCAUAAGGGACGACCUUGUGAAGGCAAACGAGUGGAUCACAUCGGUCGAAACCAACUACUGUGAAGCCGAUGCUCGGUACGGCGAUCAUCUCAAGCGAACUAUAGACUUGGAGGAAAUGACUCCAAAGUUGGCAGAUGACCUCAAGUCGGUCACCCAAAGGGUGGAGGAGUUGGAACGGUUUCAAGAGAAAACCGAGCAACGGCUUACAAAGGUCGAUGAGGACCUGGGGCGGUCAAGCACCGAAGCCGGUUCCACACUUGACAGGGUCACAAGCCUCGAAGAAAAGAAUGCAAGUCUUGAGGAGCGAAACAACAAACUUGAAGCCGACCUCAAGGCGGUCACCGAACAGGUGAAUGAGCUGAUCAAUGCCAAGCUUGCUACCGAUAGAGCGGUUGAGGAGGCAAACGCUGAGGCGGCUAAGAAAAUUCAGGAUGCGCUGGACGAAGAAACGCGGAAAACGAAGGAAGCACCGCGAUUGUCUGAAGCGGAUUUGGCCGAACGUGCACGAAAUGUAGCGGCUAGAAAUCCGGCACUUGCAAAGUCUAUAGCAGCUCAAGAGGCCAAGGAUGUAGAGCGGUUAAACACUGAAAAACAAAGGCUCGACGAAUAUGCCAAGGCUCACAAGAAGUCAAAGGCGGCUCCCUCCUCGUCGGUUUCGGCAACACGAAAGAGGAAAAUUCCCUCAAGGAAGACUCAAGUCACCGAGAUGCUGGGCAGAAUCACCGAGACAGUUAUUGACUCUACACCGGACCCGGCUCUGCAAACCGAAGAUGACUUCGAAGAGGAUCUCGAGCCGCGACAUACAAGACAUCGAGUUAUCAAUGCGGUUCCAAUCAGCACGGUCGGUCAACCGUUCUCUCCUCACCAGGACACCACGGGAGCAGGAGGUUCUUCCUCAAGACCGGCUCAACCAGUUGAGGACCAACCAACAGAUGACUUGAUGGGAGACUUCCUGCCAUCCAGAUUGGAAUAG